AUGAAAACCAGUUAUGAUAAUUUAAAUAUAGCAUUGGGAUAUAUUACAGAUAUAUUUUUAUGUUUGUCUAUAAUUGGUUCAUUUUUAACAAUAUUUACAUUUAUAUUGUUUUAUAGAUUAAGAAGUUUCCCAAUACGAUUAAUUGUUUAUUUAUGUUUUUCAAUUUUUUUUGCACAUUUAUUUUUCGAAGUUUCAUAUAGAUCAGCAGAGAAUUUAUUUUGUAUACCAUCUGCAAUUUUAAUUCAUUAUUUUUUCUUGGCUGAUUUCUUUUGGACAUUUUGUGUUAGUUUUAAUUUCUUUCAAAUGAUAGUAAAAAGAAAUAGAGAUGCAGAAUCAUUCGAACUAUAUUAUCACCUAAUUUCAUGGGGAAUACCUUUAGUAAUUGUAAUACUAUGUUCAUCAUUUCAAAAAUAUAUAAAUAAAGGUGGUUUUUGCUAUUUAGAAAAUGAUUUACCAAUUUAUUUAGGUUUCUUUGUACCAGGAUUAAUAAUAGUUUGUGCAAAUUCAAUAACAUUUUUUUUUACAGCAAGAGAAAUUCAAAAAACUUUUAAACAUUCACCUCCAACUAAAAAAAAAGAAAAAUCAAAACAAUUUAGAGUUUAUUUUUCAAUAUUUAUUUCGAUUGGGUUUUCUUGGUUGUUUGGUUUUAUAACGGUGUUUUUUAAAAAUGGUAGUAUUCCACAAUAUAUUUUUCAAAUUUUAUUUUCUAUUACUACAACAUUACAGGGGUUCCUAAUAUUUGUUUCAUAUUGCCUUAACAAUAAAGUUUUUGCGCAUUAUGCAAGAGCUUUGACCGCAUUGGGUGUUCCUUUCUUUGAAAGAUUUCAGCAUCUCGAUUCAACUUCAGCAACUGGUACUUAUAAUAACACAUCAAAUGGUACUCAUCUAAGAACUAUGAGUGAUUAUUCUAAAAAUACAAAUCAAAAUACAGAGUCUACCGAUAGUUCAGUCUCUAUUAAAAAUAGUGCUCAGCAACCAGCUUAA